UUGUUAGCUGAAAGCAGAAGCAGUGCAGUGAAUUCGAAACCUAAAUCCUAAAUUGCAGAGUGAAGAGUGGUAUCUAUCGAUCAUCUAUGGAUGCUGCAAAAGUUAGAGAGCUAAAGCAAUUCAUAGAGGCAUGCAAAUCCAAUCCUUCACUUCUCCACAGCCCUUCUCUUUCCUUCUUCAAGUCUUAUCUUCUCAGCCUCGGUGCUCGCAUCCCUCCCCAGCCCAAAACGGAACCAGAGGAUUAUGAUGAGAAGAAGCCGCAUCCUUAUUCAUUCGCACAAGAUGAACAUGACAUUGUAGAAUCUGAUAUAGAGUUGGAUGAUGCUGAUGUUGUUGAACCUGAUAAUGACCCUCCUCAAAAGAUGGGUGAUCUUUCUGCUGAAGUAACGGAUGAACAGAGGGAUGCUGCACAAAUAGCAAAAUCAAAAGCAGUUGAUGCUAUAUCACAAGGUAUGUUGGACAAAGCACUGGACCAACUGACAGAAGCCAUUUUGUUGAAUCCGCAUUCAGCUAUACUUUAUGCUACUAGAGCUAGUGUUUUUAUGAAAUUGAAGAAACCAAAUGCUGCUAUCCGCGAUGCUGACACUGCCGUGAAGAUUAAUCCGGAUUCGGCUAAAGGAUUCAAAAUACGAGGAAUGUCAAGGGCUAUGUUGGGACUAUGGGAAGAAGCAGCAGGUGACCUUCGUGUGGCUUCAAAGUUAGAUUACGAUGAAGAGAUUGCGAUGGCACUUAAAAAGGUUGAACCUAAUGCGCACAAAAUUGCGGAGCAUAGGAGAAAAUAUGAACGGUUAAGAAAGCAAAAGGAGCAUAAAAGAGUUCAAUCAGUUCAUAUUAAGAAGGAGCAACAAACUGAAGCCUCAGUUGAAGAAGCAUUAUCUGUUUUAAAAGAUGGGCAAGUCAUUGCUAUUCACUCUACUGAUGAAAUGGAGUCGAAGCUGAGUGCUGCGUCAAAGACAUCACGCUUGGUGAUCCUGUAUUUUACUGCAACAUGGUGUGGCCCUUGCCGUUUCAUCUCGCCUAUUUAUACAAGCUUGGCUGAAAAGUACCCAAAAGUGGUUUUCCUGAAAGUUGACAUAGAUGAGGCAAGGAAUGUUGCUGCCCGCUGGAAUAUUAGCAGUGUUCCUACAUUUUUCUUUGUUAAAAAUGGCAAGGAGAUUGACAGUGUGGUGGGGGCGGACAAAAGUACACUUGAAAGGAAGAUUGAGCAACAUGCUGGCCUUCUUUAAGUGAACACCUUAUAAGAACCCUGAACAUUAACAUUUCCUUGCUGUUUCUUCUGUUUACAUGUCCAUAAUGUCAUACAUAGGCAAAGAUUAAUCGAGAGUUUCAAUGUAUUAUGGCUUGUUUUUCCUGUCUGAUUGCACAUAGAAAAUGUUAAUGUUGAUUUGGUGAAGUUUCACAUUUUCAAGCUGAUUUUAGGUUUAUGAUGACUGUAGUGGGGGGACAGAAGUACUCAACUUUGUUGACGAGUACCUCUUUGGAAAGUUGUGGGUGGGUCAGUUUCACUUUUUUUUUUUAAUUUUGAAGCCAGGCCAUUCUGAAGCUUAACUCUUGUGUAUGUGACUUGAGGAUGCAAGAUAUGGUAAUUGAUAGGACUAUUUUAACAUGACUCACUCUUGAACUGUCGCAAAGUUACAUCUUUUCCUGCCAUAGCACACGUUCACUUAUGAUGGUGUUUUGUUCUUCCAAGAACAAUUAACUGUGGUAUUUUCAUAAACGUGAUGUAAGCAUUGUCAAUUUGCCAUUCACUCUUUCAGUUUAGGACAGAAAAGUAUAAGCUACAAUCUUCAACAGAAUAUGAUGAGUUCUCAUGAGUAUCAUAGCAAUAAUACCAGAAAAAACGUGAUUGUUAUGACCUUAAGCUUUUUAGCAGGCCGGGACUUCUAUUAACUAAUAGGUCAUCCAAAUAUAUAAAAGGGUGUAAAUGAUUCAUUUUCUCUCAUUCUUAGAGUAAAAUCUCAAAACCAAAUAGAAGAACAGCCUGUAAAGAACACCCCAAGCUAGCAGGAUGAUGAUGUCAUACCAUAUAUUUUCCAUUGAAAUGCCCAUUGUGGACAGCACAUCUUCUCCUACUAAGCAGUUUUCAGGAAGGCUGGUAUUAUGAUGUUUGCUGUACUUCACGUCUCCUAAUGGUCCAGGGGAUAAUUCUGCUAUGUUUCCUGUGUAGCAGCCACGGUCAUUCUUGAAUUCAUUGGUCAGCAAUGCCUCAAAUGGGUAUUUGAUUGCAGAAAGAUAGUGGAGCCACUUCCAGUAAAUGGGUAUCUGGGUUCGCUUGAGGAAGAAACCACAGGUCAAAAAGAAGAGUGCUGUUGUGGCUAUGACUACUGCAUACCCUGUGAUGUAGCUAGGCACAAGUGCACUAACAAGCAUCACAUAUGCAUUGGUGGUGAUAAGUGAGGCAUAAAGUAUUAGCCAGAAUUUCAAGAGACUGCUUUUCAAGUGGAGCAUCAGUUUGGUUAUUGCAGCAAAUGUGAGGCCUUGAACAGCGAAAAAUGGGAGAUAAACAAUGAGGGAAGAAAUGACAUAUGAAGAAGCACGGUAAGCAUUGUGGGAAGUCUCCCUGAUGAAGAUGAACCUUUCCAUGAUAAAAGAUGGGACUGCAUCAUUGGAAGAAAAGAAAACAAGGCACACUGCAAAGAUAUAGAAAUUGAGAAGCCUAUUGAUGUCUUUGAAAGUAGUAUCACUCAGAUUUCCAAAAAUGGUGGACAAGAUAACUGCCAUAACAGUUAACACAAUCUCACGGGAGAGGAAGAGUUCCGGUGUGCGAAUUACAUUGAGUGCUGUUCUCCAUGAGAGCACUACAACCUCACGUAACCAUGGGUUUGCAUAUUUGGAUCCAAAGCUUGGCUCAUCAAGCACUUCCUCAGUCUCAAACUCUUCAUAUGAAGUUGCUGAGUAGUCCAAAGACUGGUUAAACACUGCAGGAGUUUUGGGCCGAUAAGGUUCCUGAUAUGCUGCAGAAUAUUGGUUGGAAACUACGCUUCUUGAUCCUGACAUGGGUGUUUUCCCUGGUGUCCAUCCUGGAGUUCUUGCUGGAGUCCAUGAUGGUUGGCGACGCGGGGUUCCUACUACCCCAUGGUAAAGCCAGACGGAGAAAUCUUUGGCUGAGAAAUCUUUGUAGAACUGAGAAGCCAAACGUGGGUAUACACCACUGGUCAUGGUCCUUGGUGUGUGACUGUGAACACUUUUCCUUUCAAGGGAGUUAUCAAAAUUCUCUUCAUCGUUGUCCUCAUCAUGAUAACUAAAUUGUGCUGAAUCUGGUUGUUGUGUUCCAGCGGUAAAUCCUUGGCUGCGUAGGCUUAUCAUGUGCUUAGAUGCAGGAUGAUUCCUUCUGUAGGGUGUUCUUGGAGUUCUUAGAACAGGUGUCGUUGCUACUGGGUCAGGUUUGAGGCCAUCACGUUGGUAUUGGACUAGAGGGUCAAGCCCAACCGUUGCUUGAUCAAAUUCACUUAUAACAUCUAGGAGAUACUCAAUGCUGUUUUCUCCAUCUGGUACAGGCCUUCCAAAUCCUGACAUGUGAGCCUGAAGUGCAUCUGGCCUUCCCAUGUAUAUCAGUCUUCCCCUAUAACCCAUUCAAUGCAAUAGCAAAUCUAGUAACGAUCAAUUUAUUUUUGGACAUGAAUAAAAUUGAGCAUACAAUGAAUCUAUUUGAUUACAUUGCUCCUAUUAUAUGAGACUUUUUUUUAUCAAUUAUCAUAAAAUUUAUUGGAAUAAGCUAAAAAAGGCUUUAAAAAAAUUAUGACACUGAUAUACUAAUUUUUAAGUUUAAAUAAACUCUCCAGUUCUUCCUAGCGCUUCUAAUCUCUACCAAAAUCCAAUCUGCUCAUUAGACCCAAGUGGAUGUCGUGAAUAUAUUAUUCUAGUUCAUCCAUGUAAAAUAACAGAAGGAGUUCCUCUUUUUUGACAUAUUAAUCAUAUACCUAUCAUGCAACUUCAAGCUAAGGCCUUGGAUUCAAAAUGUGGACCUAUGCCAGGAGUCCCAGAAUGGUUUUCCUGCUCAUCAGUCAGUCAGAUAAACAUUAUGUAUGAGUUAGCUUAUCAACUAUAAGAAUAUAUAUAGGCUCUUUAAUUUUCACCUUGCAAGGACGGUGAUCUUGUCCAGAAGCAUUUGAAUUCUAUAUGAAGGCUGGUGUAUGGUCAUAAGGACAAUGCUUCCACCCCGAGCUAUGUCUUUAACCUUUUCUACCACACUGUAAGCACUUGUAGAAUCAAGGCCUGAGGUAGGUUCGUCAAGAAACAGAAGUGAUGGCUUAUGGAUAAUGUCUACACCUAUAGAUACUCUUCUUCGUUCCCCUCCUGACACUCCUCUCCUUCCCUCGUCACCUAUGUAGGUAUGUGUAGCACUCUGAACAGUCAUAGAGUCAUUAAUCUGUCAUUUUAUGUGUGUCGGUGUAAGUAUGUUAGACAAAGGUUUAUCUAUACCUGUAAGCCUAGUUUAUCAAUGAGCUCGUAAACCCUCUUCUUCUUUUCAUCCCUGGAUAUGGAGGGUGGAAGCCUAACUUCAGCUGCAAACAAGAAUGUUUCAAAGACUGUCAACAUAGGGAAGAGCUGGUCAUCUUGCAUCACAUAUGACGACACCCUUUUCAUGUAGCUUGUAGUAACCUGCAUGAUAAUAGAGCAUAUUCUUAAACUAAAUCGAAAAGAAAAGUGAAAAUAUGACUUUUUUUUGGGUGAAAAGUACAAAUUAAAUCUAUUUGAAAACACAGUAGGAGUUCAAUAUUUACUGGCUUUCCAUCAAUUCGAACUGAUCCUUCUAGACUCCCUUUUGCAAUUCGGCCAGCCAAGGCAUCAAGAAAGGUGGAUUUUCCAGCACCACUAGGCCCCAUGAUUGCCAUAAUUUCACUCUUUAUUGCCUGGCCAGUGAUAUCAUGAAGAAGAUAUGUUUUUUUGUUGAUCUUAACUCCAUCCUUCUGCUGCUGCUUUAUGAUACUAUAAGAGAGGUUACUGAAUUCUAGGCCAUACCCAGGAAUGGACUUCUGGGGUCUCAGUUGAUUCACAUUUCUUCCCAUUCCUGGCUUGUCCAAAACCAUUAGACUCUCUAGACUUUUAUUUCUAUCUUUUCUAUCUAGCCUUGCCAUUGCAAUGUACUUAGCAAGCACUUUUGCCCCUCUCUGAUUGGUGGUGUUAAGGGACUUUAAAGCGCUAAAGUUGAGAUGUGAAUGGUAUAAAAGCAAUGGGAGGUAUGAAAUACAGACAAAAGGUGGCGGUUAAAAUGAAAGUAUUUGAAUGAGAUGGAGAGUGGUGACUUGUGAAUGAUAUUGAAGGAGAACAAAGCUUCAGACGGCAGACUUUGGAAGAGUCCAUUUCCGUUUCCCCUUGGGUUUGUCGUUAAAUUUGCUUUGGUUGUACCGAAGAAUGGCUUAGUUUUGUUUCACUCGGCACUAGAGACGCCUUUAGCUUCCAUUAAUUGUUGCUUCUCAUAAACUUUAAUGGUAGCAUUUGGAGCUGGCAAGGCGCGCAAGUAGCAUGUUUUUCAACACUAAUAAUUAACAAAGAAAGAGGACAAAACUAGCAUGUUUGUCAUGCACGUAAUCUAUUUAUAAAAUAUAUAGAAGACUUUAAAAUUGAUGAUAGGUUAAAAAAUUGUUAUGUCAAGUAUAUCUUGCUUUUAUGCUACAUUUAUAAAAUCUAAAACUAUUCUUAAUUUCUUUUCUGUUAUCCUUCUAAUUUAUUUCACCAUAGUUUACUUGACGCACUUAAAUAUUUGUUCAAUACUUUUCAUUCUAUUUCAUCGAUCUCUUAUUCUAAUUUUAAUCUUACAAAUAUCUUUUCAACAAUUUAUGUUGUUGACACUUCAUUUUAUAAAUAUCUUUUCUUUUUGUUAGUUACUCUUCUUAAUGAUAUAUAAUAUAUUAAUACAUGAUUUUAUAAAUACAUGAAAGAUUUAAUUUUUACAGUUAGCUACGAGCACUUUAAAUUUAUGGAAUCCAAUAAUCCAUGGUAAGUUAGUGUGGAAAAAAUAUUAUUAAUCAAUUUUCUUUUGAAAAAUCUUAUUAAAUAUUGUUUUAGUUUGAUAUAAUAAACUUAUAAUUUGCAACAUAUGUUGCAUUGUGUCUUCUUUUUAAAAUUCAAUAUUUUUAACUUGAUAAUUUUUGUUCUAUGUGUACAAUAUACACGAUACUCAAUCAUAAUAAUAAGCAUUAUAAGGAAAAUUUUAAGAAGCUUUUGAUCAAGUAAAACCAUAACAUUAUUUUGAUUGAACAUAAUAGUAACGCAUUAAUAGUAUUAAUUAUGAUUUUAUGUUUAUAUCUUAUUUGCUUAUUAUUUUAUAUGCUUCAAUAAAUUAAAAACAUCAACUUUUUUUUAUAUUUUAUAAUAUUUAUGCAACACACGUGUUUAUAUCUAAUUUAAUAAUAAACUUGAAACAAAAUGCAUUGAAUUUCAAGAUUUACUCAAAAUUUAGUUCAGCAUUAACACGACCAAAAAAAAAAAAAAUCAGCAAUAUUUUUAUAAGGAAAAAUCACUAAUAAGUUCUUCACUUGCCUAUAAGCAUAGGCACAUACAAGUCCCAUAAAAGAUGAAAAGGGUAUAAAAUAUAAGUUGUGCAACUGUGUAAUAUUAGUGAGGGAAACAACAAUAAACUUUGAGUAAAUGCGGACUUAUUGGAGCAUAAAGUGGAAUGUUAAGUACAGGUACAAAAGGAUUCAUGGAGUCUUAGUGCCCACUUUUGAUUCAGGUUAUUACUUUAUGAGAGGACGCAUAAACAUUUGGAAAAAUCUCACAGCUAACGAGUGAGGGAAGAGAGAGAUUAUCAAUGAUGAAAGGUGAAGAAAUUAAGAGAAUUAAAAGCCGGCUAUAAGUAGAAGCUAGCCGGCAAUCUUAGAGAGAUCAGUUCAGUACACAUUCCUUUUGGAGCAUUCUCUUUGUUUUCUCAAUCCACCAAAUCAAUGGACUAAUCUCUACACUCAUAUACUAACAUACAAAUUUGGUGGCUACACUAACUAUAUAUAAUGGGUCACUUCCCUGUACAAAUUGUGAAGCAUCACUUUGUUCUUCAAUUUCAGGUUCUGAAAGGACAAAUUUAAGUUAGGCACCUACCCGAGGUGUUGGAACGGUUCAAACUGAUCAUAGUUUCAAUCAAUAUGGCUUGACUCUGUGAUCUGAUUGAGCCGCGCCAAUAUCGCGUGCCUUUUGUUCUAAUUUUUCCUUUUUAGUAGUCAAACUUCAUCGUUAUGUUUGAAUUAUAUAGUCUAUCAAGAAGUUCUUAGUGGCAUACUCCGUAAAAACAUCUGAUUCAAUCCCUCUAAAUGCAUUGGUGGAAUAUUUGGUUUCAAUGUUUACGGCAAAAUAUUGAGAUACAUUAAUUUCCUCUUAUGUUUUAUAGUUAUGAAUAAUCUGCAUGAAGUGUGAUAUCAGGUUUGCAAUCAAACCUCACAUUAUUUUAAACUUAUGCUAAUUUAGUCACUGAACAAUGAAUAUCUAGGAAUUAGUACUGCAAAUUGGUUCUAAUUUUUUAAUAUCAAGUAUCAACCAUAAAAUUUCAUAAUAAUUAAUUUUAAAUUAAUGUGCAAAUCGAUUUCAUAAAAUAAAAGGAUCAAUAUUAAGUAACUGUUAACAGUAAAAUCAUUUUAACAUAGAGAUCUAGUUAUAAGAUUUUAGGAAUAAGGUAGAAUUAAAGGGUUAUUAUGUAUAGAAUAUGUUAAAGUAUCGUAAUUAGGAAAGGGAGAAACAAUGGUGCCUGUGGGGACAUUUCGGCAGAAAAUUCUGAGUAUCUAAUCUCAUGUUUAUCUUGAGAAGAUGGCAGCGCAAAAUCAUUAUUUAAAUGUUCCAAAGGCCGGUUCCCUCUAAUUAGUUCCACAUUCAUGAAUCAUGGUUCAUGCACUAGGGAAAUAGAUUACUAUGAUUCAUCAACACCAGCAUAGGAUAUUGUCUUCCUCAGCUGAAUAUCAUGGGAUGGAUUCAAAGUACUAUCAUAUUCGGGGCAUGCAGCUGAAGGCAGAGGGCAAUGCAAUGCAUGCAGAACCAUUCGCCACUGACAGAGUGUCUUUGCAAUAUCUUAACCUCCAUCACUUGCUUCACCCCAUCAAGCGAGUAAUUGGUUCUUUCAGUUGUUUUUGCUUCUGACGAUUCUCUUCUGGGGGCUUGGUUGAGUUGCUUUGAUGAAAAUCUUAAUAUUGAAUAAAAUCACAACUUUCAAUUGCUCAAUGCCUUUUCAAUUUAUAAAUAUGCAGUUGCAGAUAUGCUAUUAAUCACUCUGCAGUCCCGAUUGAUCCAAGCCCACUUAAGUAAUUUUUUGGGGAUCAUUCAUUCUUAAAUAUUGAUAUCAAUAUUCCAACUCUUAUCUUGAACUUUGACGACUGAAAACUAGUGGUGCAAUCAUAAACUCCCCCUUCUCUUGAUUUUGAUUAUUGCCAGCGACCAGAUUGAAUAUGUAAGAAAGGAAUAUCCAUAUAUAUAAGUAAUAUAAGUAACGCAAAAUCUAAAACAAAAAACAGUUUUAAAAACAACUACUUCUGAAGAUAAAGCCAAUUUGAAUACUAUAAUAAAAAUUCGACGAGGUACAGCAAUUAAUGUUUUAGUCUAUGAAAUCAAGAAAGUGUUUUGGAAAACAAUAAUCAUACAAACAGAAGAGUGUGGGAGCAUCUGAAUGCAAAAACCGUACGGAAAGAACGGGAAAUGCAAGCAUAAGUGCUCAAUCAUCACUUUCGGCAACGUAAAGGGCUGAAUACGCUAUUCAUCAAGCAAUACGCAUCAGUAACGCUAACCAUUGCCUUUUCUUCCCUUUUCAUAAAUUCCUAAAUUUAAACGUAAUCAGUGUGACUAAAAUAAAAAUAAAAACAUACACAUUCGGCAGAAUAACAGAUCCAUGAAACACUGCUAAAGAACCAACUCUGUCUCUUUCCGAUGUGUGAUACAGUACUACUAACAUGCUUUUAUAGAUUCGUCGGAGGAGGAGGAGGAUCGGAAACCCUAAGCAGGUCAGAUUUGGGCCGUACUUGGGCCUAUUAGAGGGCCAGGUUAUGAACUAGAUCUCAUGUGUUUCUCGAAGAAAU